AUGUGGGAGUGCAUGACCAGUGAAACUCGAAAAGGCCGACAUCUUCUGUCCCACUGUAGUCGGCAAGCAAGUCAGGCUGGCAAGGAGGAAGAGCGCCUUUCCGACGUUGAAAGGUCAGCCUUGAUCUUCCAGCUGCACGGCGUGGGCGUCCGCAGGGACAAGACGAGCCUCUUGGAGAAGAUGAGGGCCUCCGCACGGCAAAAACGAGCUUUGCCUUCUGCCGACCAGGACACGUCAGCAUCCAGCUCUCAGGGUGAGCAGCUUUCGGAGCUCUAUCGGCAGGCAUCACAAGACAUUGCAUCGUUGGCAUCCAGACUAGCUCAGCACAACGGGCUUCGGCAGUUCAGCGCGACCUUUUCCAACAGAGCACCUCCUCUGGAGCUGCGAAUGCUCUUGCCGGAGUUGGAGGCCUCCAUCGAACAGCAGCUGCAGUCGCUGGAGCGCAUUUCCAUCGAGAUCGCUCAACUGGAGGCGAUCACAUUUGCGAGUGCUUCAAGCCGCUGCUCCUCUUACGUCCCCGAUGACGAUGCCUGUACCAGCAAUGAAGUUGUCCAGCUGCAGUUCUCCGCAACCGAGCCAGACGGGCCAUUUCGAGUCCUUCUCAACAGCAUCCACGCAGAGCUCGCCAAGCAUGCCCGACCCUUGGCCGUGGUGCUGCAAGUAAUCGUGGAUUUUGAGUACGGUGGUAUCGAAGAUGCACGAGUGCAAAGGCCUGAGGUGCAGCUCGACGGCUGGCCAGACGAAGACGGUGGAUCAGAGACCUGCGUCGAUGCCUUUUGCAGCAGUGGGGUGGAUGAGGUGGAACCACAGGCAACCUCGGGCUAUCCGGGCUCAGCUACCUCGUCCACUUUGAACAAAGGCUUUCUCGAGAAGGCGAAGGACAAGCCCUUGUACGGUCCGGAGGGCUCAGCAGAAGGGAAGGUCGACCCCAACACACACAAGGCGCACACCGAGCACAAGCUCAACCAGGACCUCAAUGCCGGGAUGAACCGCGGUGCCGCCGAGAACAACGGCAUAGAGAGACCUCCCUGGUACACGAAGGAGUGGCCCAAGGACUGCCAGUACAACUCGCCUGGAUGCACGCUGGACGACAUGGAAACUUCCGCCCACAAGUCGGACAUCCACAAGGACAUGGUGAGGGCCUCUGCGCGUUGGCACGACGCACUCGCCCCAGGUGUCCAGUCCAUGAGAUUCAGCUUUCUGCAGGCAACUGAUGAGGAUCUUGCUGAAGUCAUCGAGAAGCUGAAAGGCAACGAGGAUGUGACGGAACUUGACCUGUCACAUAACCACAUCAAAGAUGCAGGCAUACAGGCUUUGGUUGCAGCUUUGUCGAGUGGAGCAGCUCCAAAGCUUCGAGAGCUCAAAGUGUACAGUAACGAGUUCGGGAAGCUGGGCGAGACGAUGCUCACGCAGGGCCUGCCAAUUUUCAGAAAGAAUUUGCAGGUGCAAUGGAAAGAGCCCAGCUGGGCGAAAAUCGUUCGUGAGGAAGUCUCCCAAGCCAAGGCCGGCACCGCUGCACCGCCAGCUGCCUAA